GGGGCAACGAUAGAUUUCGCUUCGUUGUCGUGUAUUAAAUUUUUAGUAGUUUGAGUUAAAAUCGUUAUAUAUGGAUUGAAUUGAGUGAGACCGUUUUAUGCUACAUGAGUGGAUUAGAGGUAUUGAUAACUGUUUGUGUACACCGGCGAUUACAUUCCGACCGCUCCCUGUGCGUAGAGUACGUACGUCAGUCAUCAAGUAUUUUUCAUGCUUGUACUACUUGCGUAUAGUAGGGGCCGUGUGAUAGUAAAAGCUGUUGGAAAGUGCAUUCAUACGGGAAACUAUUGCCGUAAAAACAAAUCUCACGUUCCGUUUAUAAUAUAGCGCUAAGUGUUGAGUGUUGAGUCGAAAGGAAUUGGAUGUUUGAAGCCAUUUUCGGUACCGUAUUCGACUGGAGUAUAAUCAAGAUAUCGUAAUGACUUUUGUAUUUGAUACGUUCGCAUAUUAAACGGUGUUGUGUUUAGAAAUGAUAACAAAACCACUGCAGAAAUGGACGGCGUGAAAAAAAUACACUCGGGUACUUUGUAUCGUAACGGUCCGGUAGAGGGUGCGUAUGGUCCGCAGCACAGUCCCGUGUCGCGGUCCGACGCUUCCACCGAGGACGCGGAGCUAUCCGCUGCGCUUGCGCAUCAGCACCAUCUCGCUAUGCAGGCGGGCGAUUACCCCGUCGGUGGUGGCGUGGAGCCGGAUUAUGGACAGUACGUGUCGUCGCCCGCCGCUCACUACAACCAUAUGGGGCACCUCACCAUGGCGCCAUCGCAGAAGUACCCUCAUGUUAUGGAAGCGGUGUCUGUGGGUAGCGGGUACGCUGGCGGCGUCGGCCCGGGUACUGGCGGCGGUCACUAUGGCACAUACGCGCACUACGGAGCCGCCUAUCCGGCCCAACCUGCGUAUCUCGUAGAUCCGCAAGUGCCCGCGUACAUGGCACAGGAGUACGUAGAAGGUGGGGGUAGUGCAUCACCUCGUAGCGCCUCUCCAGGAGCAAUGCCACCUCAACAUAAUCUACAUUUGCAACAGAGGUACGAUUCGGCAUCUUUAGAGCAAUUGGGUCGGCACUAUUGUGUGACGUCACCGCGCGGGGAGUACGCGGGCGACGCGUACGCGUACCAACACUAUCCCGCUGCGUAUGACCCUCCGCACCAACCACCACCUUUUAAGGAUUCGCAAAACGGCCUCAGUUUGGGAAGCACAGGCGGUCAGUCGAUGUAUGGUGAUGAAGAAGAAUUACAAAAACAAAUGGCGGGGAUGGCAUUAGUUCACGGCGGUGUUGGCGUGGGUGUCGGUGGUCGCGAGGACGGCGGCGGACUGCAAUGGCGAGAUCCAAACCUACCGGAAGUGAUCGGUUUCCUCAACUCUCCCUCCGACGUGGUGAAGGCAAACGCCGCGGCGUACUUGCAACACCUCACUUACAUGGACGACCCGAACAAACAGAAGACUAGGAGUCUAGGCGGCAUCCCGCCGCUGGUGCGGCUGGUGUCGCACGAGAACCCCGAGGUGUGCCGCAACGCGUGCGGCGCGCUGCGCAACCUGUCGUACGGGCGCCAGAACGACGAGAACAAGCGCGCCAUCCGCGACGCGGGCGGCAUCCCCGCGCUCAUGGCGCUGCUGUGCCGCGCCACCGACAUGGAGGUGAAAGAACUGGUGACAGGUGUGAUUUGGAAUAUGUCGUCCUGCGAAGAUCUCAAGCAGUCGAUAAUAGAUGACGCGGCACAAGUUAUUGUAAACAAGGUUAUCAUCCCACACUCCGGCUGGCAUCCCACCAACCCUGGCGAUACCUACUGGUCUACCGUGUUCCGCAACGCGUCGGGCGUGCUGCGCAACGCGUCGUCGGCGGGCGAGUACGCGCGGCGGCGGCUGCGCUCGCUGGCGGGGCUGGCCGAGGCGCUGCUGCACGCCGUGCGCGCCGCGCUCAGCGCCAACGCCAUCGGCACCAAGAUCGUGGAGAACUGCGUCUGCGUGCUGAGGAACCUCUCCUACAGGUGUCAGGAAAUAGAAGAUCCUUUGUAUGAUACACGAGCUCCGCCCACACAAUCUUCUGGACAGGCAAGGAUACAAGCUAGCGCGUCGAAAGGCGAGAAUUUAGGUUGCUUCGGUGGUAGUAAAAAGAAGAAAGAGGGUUCGUCGUCGUCAAACUCGACCAGUCCGCUGGGGAAGAGUGAUCCGGAACCGCAACAACUAGACAGCAACACUAACACGCAGCUAGGGUACAGCGUGCCCAAGGGAACCGAGAUGCUCUGGUCGCCUGAGGUAGUGCCAUUGUACAUGGCGUUACUGCAAACCUGUUCCAAUCCUGAGACGUUGGAGGCGGCGGCGGGAGCCCUACAGAACUUGGCGGCUUGCUACUGGCAGCCCUCUAUUGAUAUACGAGCUGCUGUUAGGAAAGAAAAAGGACUACCAAUAUUAGUGGAGUUAUUACGUAUGGAAGUGGACAGGGUUGUGUGCGCCGUAGCUACGGCGCUACGUAACUUGGCCAUCGACCAGAGGAACAAGGAACUGAUAGGGAAAUACGCCAUGCGGGAUCUGGUACAGAAGCUGCCAAGUGGCAAUCAGCAGCACGACCAGGGCACUUCGGACGACACGAUAGCGGCGGUGCUGGCGACUCUCAACGAGGUGAUCAAGAAGAGCGCGGAGUUCUCCCGCUCGCUGCUGGAGGCGGGCGGCGUCGAGCGCCUGCUGAACCUCACCAAGCAGCGACACCGACACACGCCCAGGGUGCUCAAGUUCGCAGGUCAAGUGCUGAUGACGAUGUGGUCGCACGCGGAGCUGCGCGAGGUGUACCGCAAGCACGGCUGGCGCGAGGCCGACUUCCUCACCCCCGCCCGCGCCGCGCAGCCGCGCGCGCCCUCCGCCGCCAGCGGUCAGGGCACGCCCAUGUCGGGCGCGCCGCACUCGCCGGGCGCCGCCAACAGCACGCUGAGCCGCCCCAUGGCGUCCACGGGCGGCACCAGGUACGAGGACCGCACCAUACGACGGCAUCGGGAGAACGAUGACAUACCAGCCAUGGAUGUUAACUACGCAGAUGGGUUAGGUAUGGGCAACCCCAACGGGCGACCCAUGAACCUUCAAGGUGUCCAAGCUCAAAUGCCACCACCAAGCAGCCGCUAAACGUCACACUAAAUAUUAUUUCUGCAAGUCGGGUCUAGAACACCGUAAAGACUAUUUGCAGGACCUCCAAUUACAAUGUUGAACUUCAGGCUUUUUAUUGAACUCCAACUCUUGGAUGUUAUAUUGGUCACUAAAAAAUCAGGAUUUUGUACUUAUUCAGUGUAUAUGACAUUUGAAUUGGCGUUCUUGUGGCGUUUGAAAAAACCAUAAAGUAUUGUCUAUAAAAAACUUUGUUUUGCCUUUUUAAGGAUAUAUUUUUUUCGGCUAAUGCCAAUGAUAUAUGGAUUUUGAUGUUUAUUAUAAAUAUUAUCAAAUAUCAUCAUAAUUACAGGUUAAUAAUAUUUAUUUUUGUGAUGGAGAAAAUGUUUUUUUUUAAUUAUUAUUAUCAUAUUUUUAUAAUCAAGUAAUAGGUUGAAUUUUAUACAUUUUUGAAAACUUUUAAUUAUUUUUUUAUAAUAUGACACGAGAAUACGAGGUUUAAAGACAUGUUUCAAUAUCAUAAUUACUUCAUCAUAAAUCAUAAACUUCCACUGGUUUUAUUUUAUUUGAUGUGACCUAACAUCACUAUAAAUAUAAUAUCAAUUAUUUUAAUCGUUUUUUUUUUGUUAAAAUCUAUAAAGUCAAUUCCCCUGUAUAUAGUCGUGCCAUUAUAUUAUAAAACGUAUAUCGAAAGGGGAUUCCCGUAGGUGUUGUGUACUGACAUUUUCUAAAUAAAUUGAGGCUCACUGUCACUGUGAAAUUACUUGAAGUUCAAUUUACAAGGUACAUUCGGCAAUAUCUUAUUUUUUAUACUGAACAUGUUAUUUAUAUUUAUCAAUAUAGCAAAAAAAUUACUAUUUAUGUGUUAUUUACCCGUUUGUGCGAAUAUAAUUUUUUUUUUUGCAAUAAUGUUUUCGUUCAUGUUGUUGCCGACUGUACUUUUUUAACGGUAAAACUAUGAAAAUAACGUAAAAUUAAAAAUCAACGUUUACUUAACCUUUACGUGCUAACUUGAAACUUUUCUAAUAUUCAGGAUUUGAAUAUUUUCAAUAUAUAUUUAAACUAUACAUGUAGAUGACUUAGCCCGAUAUUAUCUAAGGGUCUAUUACGGACGGGCUCAUAGAAGAGAACACGAAGUUUUUGUAAUAUAUUGUAUUCAUUCCAUGACCUUCAAAUAUUGUAAUAUAGGUGUCUAUUGUCCUCUUAUAUACUUAAGGAAUAUCCGUCUUAUAUAUAGCGUUAAGAGCAUUAUUGGGAUGUCUUUAUAAGCUUUAAUAUUCGUUUUUUAAACACGCAUUUGACACGCAUCGAGUUUUUUUAAUGCUGUGUACUGUUGGCCGGAAUAAUCUGUAGAUAUUAUUACUUUAUCGGAAAAUCAACUUUUUAUUUGACCGACUGUACAUUGAAAUAAAAUUAUUUUGACAGAUUUAAAUUUUGAAGGGUUUUUUUAUCGGCGUGCUUAUGAAUUGAUUGAAUUGAUAUGGUACAUAUAAUUUUCUUAAUUAUUAGAAUGGAUGUAUCAAAACAGGUAUGAUAUUAUGUCUGUCAAAAUAAUUUUAUAUCAUUAAAAGGACCAGCCCAAUAUCAUGAAUUAUUUAUGAACUUACGUGUAUAUGUUUUAAUACAUGACUUUUGUGUGAAGAUAAAUUAAACUUUAUUUAAAUCAUUAAAAAAAAUAAGUGUUUAAUCAAAUAGUUAUCCAUUUAAAUAUAAAUUAAAUAAUCUUUUUCAUAAAAUUAAAUCGAUUUUGUUAGUAUGUCCUUUUGUGAAUCGAUUUUAAAUGGACCUAAAUUAAUAUGGCUCCGUUUCUAAACUUUCAUAAAAAACGAAAGUGCAUUCAAUUUAAAUAUAGAACGCUCUAACUAUAAGACCAUAUUUGUAUUCGAAUGUUUAUUAAAAUCUUUUUACGAAAGGAAUGUUAGUAAUCAUGACAUAUAUAUAAAGGACAAAAUUUCGCCCUCAUAGCGAUGUUGAUCUCUCGAUAUAAUCAUCCGAUUGUGAAGUCGGCAGCUUUAGUUUAAGUAAUCGAUUCAUUAGAUGAUUUCCCUCCGUUUUAUUUGAAUUUAGUUUUAGUGUAGCUAUUUAUUUGUAAUCGAACGUAUACUAUAUUUAAAAAUAUAUACGGUUAAGGUUUAUGUGAUGUUUCACUUUCGAAGUAUUUUAUGCACAAUAAUGCAUUUCAAAACGUCCGCGAUUGUAGGCGGUAUUGACUGAGUAACCUGGUACAAACUACCCUCAUUCAGUGCAUUAUAUGAUUUAAGUAACGGCGUACACAUCGAGCAUUCACUACGCGGUCUCAGAUACUAAAGAAUCGAGAGGGAUAGCAAUAAAUAUACUUCCGUUUCUUUCACGCACGAAUACAUACGUCGACGGACCGCGCAGUACAUGUUAAAUGUCUAUGAUUAAGUAUGUAAGUUUUGUAUAAUAUUUUAUUAUAAAAAAUUAAGCGAUUGUACAACAGAUUUUUUCCAAUACAAUAUUGCUUGCCAGGGCGACGUCGCUUCUAUGAAGCGAAACUUUUUUUUAAUAUAAUUUUCACAAAUAACAAAUAUUUCGGUUUAGGCUUAAGGGAUUUUUAUUUAAUCGUUUUUAUAUAUAUAUAUUAUUUUAAUUUAUGAUUUCCAUUUGUGAGAAUAUUAGACAAUUGUAGGCAUUAUUAGAUAUAUGUAAAAUUUUAUAUGUACUGAUAUAUUAUUGUAUAGAUCAUUUUUGCUGCGAUUUUAAUCAGUUGUCAUAUUUCACGGUCAGUAUUAGUUUUGAUUAAUAUCUAAGACAAACAAUAAGUAUAUAUUUUGAUUAAGUUUAUUAUAUCAGACAUCUUGUUUUCGUAUAAGAAAAAAAAUAUGAUCUACUUAAAAAAAAAAAAAACAAAAAACAUUCAAAAUGUUUCUAUAGAUAUUAAUCAAAUUUUUUAUUGACUCGAUAAUAAUAAGAUAUCUUAAAGUUUGCAACUAGUAUAUAAGUCGUAACUUCACGGUUUGUGUUACGCGACAUUUCAAAUGUUUUAUAAUUGUCUGUGGUUAACCGCAGACUAUAUAAAUUUGUUGGAACGGUAAUACUCGAUUAUUUAUAUUUUAUUUAAAAAAUAUAUUAUUGAAAUUUUAUUUAACGACCCAUCUUUAAUUUGUCGUUGCGACAUUAUUUAGUGGUAAUCAAAUAGUUUGUCGCAUGUCAUAUGUUGUAAGUAGAUUUUAAUAGAAAAUAUGCUCUUUUACAUAAAGAAAGAAAUUACCUAUAUUAUACACAGAAUAUUAAAGAAUGAUUUUUUAAUUUUGGUUUUGUUUUUAUUUUCGUUUUCCUUAUUUUUAUUAUAUAUUUGUUUUUUUUUUAUUUCAAAUUAUUUAAAUUAGGGCCUAUGAUCGUGGGUUUGUGUAAUUAACAAUGUUCGUGACUGCUUUUUCUGACAUAAGGAUUUGUUUGAAUGAGACUCGAUUACGAAUUAAGAUUUUUGAAUGUUUUUCUAAGAAAUACUAACAGCUGCGUAAAUGCUUCCAUUCAGUUGUUUUAUGUUUCGUCGCAUUAGAUAUUGUUAGUGACUUUUUAUAGUAUAUAAAUAAUAGUUAAAUUAUCUAUACCUAGCGAAGCGAUGCGAGUUCGUGUGGUUUCUGAACGAAUGAACGUAAACGUACGUUGAGUUGACAUUUGAGAUAAUUUAAAGUCUUUGUAAUAGUCGAAUGUUUAAUUAUAAAAAUAUUAAAUUAAAAAUCCUAUCUGUAUGAAUGCUCACGUUUUAUAUAUUUAUUAGUAGUGUCAUAUACCGUAUUGAAAUUAAUCCGUUAUUGAAUUUAUAGGUGUAAUAGAGGCAUAAAUGGAGUUGUAUUUACUAUAAGCAUUAGGGAGUGCACGUUUUUAUUGAUUAUACGUUUUGUACUUAACCGACACUAUUGUUACGGGUCGGAUCGUCUAAAUGAUAUUUCCACGACAGU